UUUUUUUUUUUUUUUUUUUUACUGAGGAGGGAGGGACCUUUAACUUUCCAGCUCCAGCUAGUGCGCGAAAACAGCCGACAGUACCAACACGGGGACGGGACAAACAGAACUCUCCCUGAGGACAGAAACAUUUCAACAUCGAUUAACCAACGGAAAAAACCAACCGCUGAACCGCGUUGCAUAGCUUUAAUGGAUCGAUACGAUAACAUGGAUUUGGAGUUGGAGUGUGACGGAGAAGCUCAAAAAACAUCGCUAUUUGGUGCAAUGUUCAAAAGAUCCUCAAAGUCUGCAGACACACCUCUCCAAGCACAGUAGAUCAUCUACUGUGUAGACCUCGCCUGAUUGGAUCGGAUGGAGACAGGAGGGGUGUUCAGUGGGAUGUUUAAAAAAUCGCCAAAGCCUUUUGGAGCGAGGACACAAUCUCAGCCUGUGAAGCAGACAAACUCAGAUGUCGAGGAUCCAGCUGUGGACGGUGAAAAGUCAUCAGACGACAAACAGGUCAAAAGCAACAUGAUUCAGCAAGAGACAGAGGAAAGAAGUGAAACUCCAGUGGUCCCACCCAGACCAACUGAAGAGGAGAUGAAGAGGACGUCCAAGUACGACAAAGUAAAAGCCAAAGGAACUGAGGAUAACCAGGAUAACCAGGCUAUGAUCUCCAGAUCUGCAAGACCAUCAGAGGAGAGCCAAUCAGAUGGCCUCAAAAAAGAUGAAUCUGCAGAAGCCGAAGAGGAGGAAGAGGUGAACCCCCCAGAAAGCAAAACAGCUCAGUCCGAUGAUGAAGUGCUGAUAGAAGAAGAUGAUUCUCCACCCAAAGAAGAAAAGAAAGUCGAGGAGGGCCAGGACAAAACAGAGACCAAAGACAAGAAACCUAAGAGACACAAUCCCUUCAUGCCUCGGGGCAAGGGCAAAAGUAUACAGAGGAGCUCACAGUACAGUGCUGCAGGCAAAACAGCAGAGAAUGAAGGUGGAAAUAGAUCUUUGUUUGACCAGCUGGAGGACUUCCGUUUUGACCCAGCACAGCCUGAAGACAGACAGGGUGUGGAGGACCUUAUGGAUUGGUGGAACACAGUGGAGUCUUGGGAGGAUACGCUUCAAGAUGAUGACAUGACAGAAAAAGAAGAGGCCAAAGCGUUUGCUGUGACGGCAGACAAGGUGCAGAAGGGCAUCCGUGUCUUCAACAAACUGUUUUCGGAGCGCGCCGAGACCCUCUGGCAGCACGUCAUGGACCUCAACAGCAUCGCAGACGGCCUGGACAAGUUCAGCAAGAACACAAAGAUUGCUCAAAUCACCGGCGGCUCCACCAGCGCCCUCGGGGGCGUGGCCACCAUCACCGGCCUCGCCCUGGCCCCGUUCACCAUGGGAACCUCUUUGAUUGUGACGGCGGUGGGAUUGGGUGUGGCCACGGCCGGCGGGCUGACGUCAGCAGGGGCCGGCAUCUCCAACCAGGUCAACAACUCGAUGGACCGCAAGAAGGUGGAGAAGAUUGUGCAGGACUAUCAGGAGAAGAUGGACGACCUCAAUAAGUGCCUGACGUUUGUCAAGCAGGGUAUCGAGAACCUGAGGAGGUUCGACCUGAUCAAAAUGAAAAAGCACGCCUACAACCGUGACUUCCCAGCGCUCAAUUUGAAUUUCUACGAAGACGGCGCCAUGGCAGGAAAGGCCAUUCUCAACAACGCUAAUGAGAUCAUGCGGUUGGUGCAGAUCGCCAAUAUGGCGGGCAGCACAGCAGCCAGAGCGGUCCAGAUUGCCAGUAUGGCCACUGGUGUGCUCGCGGGACUCUUUGUAGGCAUGGACAUCUACUUUGUGGCCAAGGACUCCAAAGAACUAAAGAAAGGGGCCAAGUCAGAGUUUGCUGCCAAAAUCAGGGAGGUGGCUUUGCAGCUGCAUGAUGGUCUGGUGGAGCUCAACGGGAUACGAGGGGAGCUGCAGACCACCACACCAGAAACCAACGCAGGCAAUAAUACAGCUGCUUUGGACAGUGACAAGAAAGAGAAAAAUGACAGUUCAAGUGAAGAUGAAAUCGACCGCAUUAAAAAAGCCAUUAAAAUGGACUAUGAGAACCGAGAAUAUGUGUGACGGAAAAUUGAAAACUGUGCAAAGGCCUUAAAGGGGCUGUGCUUGAAAUAAAAAGCGGGCUGGGAUUGCCUUCACACGGUACUCCCAGACCAUAGAGACAGAGCGCAUUGCAUCAUUCGCUUUUGGGUUGGCUGCUUAUAAAAACAUAAUUUAUGGGUUAUUUACAUUGUUGGUAGUGAGUAUCACCACACAGCAGCUUUUAGGCAAGGCAAGGCAGCUUUAUUUGUAUAGCAUAUUUCAGCAACAGGGCCAUUCAAAGAGCUUUACCUAAAACGUUAGGUAUUUUUCUGUUGUUUUCUAGCAGACGGAAUUGACAAGGAGGCUCCUUCACGCAAUACAAGUCAAUGGAGAGCGGCGCAGGUGGGACUUAAAUGCGCUCUGUCUCUAUUGCCCAAUAAGUUAAAUACUAAAAAUAUUUAGUAAGUAAGGAGGUUUUUUGUCAGAGCCACACGCACUUAACAUGCACGCACAGCCGGACCAGGUAUCAGAACAAAGAAUAGAGAAGCUUGGGACUUUAUUCUCUGCUCAGGAGGCCAUUACUCCACUAAAUCUGCUAUAUUAAUGUGCUGUAUAUUGAGUGCAGUCCCUUUAAACUGUGCUUUGUUAUUAGGGUUUCAGAAGUGUCAGUUUCUUCUCCUUCAAAAUGUUUCCAAGUGUUUUUGAAAGUACCGGCUCAUAACUCAAGCUUACUUUGGCAUCUGCGAGGUGGUUGGUGCUAAUUUCUUAAAAUGGAAAACUACAAUAAUGCCGGUUUCUAAAUGAGGGAACUCCACUCUUGAUGAAAUGUAGUAGUUUUUAAAACCUCCGGACUUUUCUUUUAGGGAUGUGACUUCUUCAAUCUAAACAGCAUUUACACUACUGAGAGGAACUGAGACUUUGCGGUAGAUAAAGUAUCACAUCUGCUUCUCUGGCUGUUGUGACAACGCGUGUGAAAUGGGAUACAAAGAUUUAACUAAAUCAUGUAUCUGGAUAGUACAGUUUUAAAUGAGUUAAAGAAAUAAGUACAAAGUAUUUUGUAGACUUUACAAUUUAGACUUUAAAGUGUUGCUUAGAGUCUCAUUAAAGUGUGCUGGUUCAUAUUGAAACACAAGGACUGUUACUGACCAGGUGUAGAGAUUGUGUAUACUUUUAGGGACGACUGCCUUUAUUAUUUACAAUGCCUUAGAAAUGCAGCAUUAGUCGGUUUUUCUGUCUCUGUUGUUGAUUUUAGUGUCAGGCCUGCAACAAAACCAUUUCCCACUCAUCCUCUGCUUGAGAUUUUUGAUCUGAUGUGGGAUGUUUUCAAGUUCUACAAGUCUUGACUUUAUUAUAUUGGUCUCAUUUUGAGGAAUGGUGGUAAUAAGCUUUGAUUUAGAUUGUUUUUACAAAAGAACCAAUAAAAUGACAUAACUAGAAGGGCACUCUGAGAGCGCAAACCUCCGCCAAGACAUGCCCUAUCUCAUAAUAUUAAUGCAGUGUGAAUACCCUGGAAAUCCAGAGUUCUCGCGAGAGCACAUUUUGAAUUUUCACAGCGAGUCACUCUAGCGUUGAGUAAUGAUGCUCAUUAACUAUGCCCUUGUAGCCGAGUUGCACCCAUCACAUCGGUGUAUCUGAUAUAGUAUAUAAUAUAUAUAUAUAUAAUAUAAUUGGUUCGUUCUUGGCCCAUGCCGCACCCUUUCACCACGUUAUUUUGUUACUUUCAAUAAGUUAUUAUUCGAGCCAGUAGUAGUUUUUCCGUCAUCCCGCUGACAGACAAACAAACGGACUAACCAUAACGUCCCCGUCCUCAUUAUGGUGAGAAAGCAGCAGGAUGGAAAACUAGUGAUUCACUAAACCGGGUUGCACCAUCAAAACUUAAAGUGCUCAUAUUAUGCUUUUUGGCUUUUUCCCUUUCCUUUAUUGUGUUAUAUAUCUUUUUG